GUUCGUUCUGUGAUUAAAUGACACCUUCUGCAACCUCGCGGCAUGCGGAACGGCAUCGUCUCGUUCUCCAUCUGUCGUUUACCGCUCCAUGAGCGUCGUUUCCUCAGCCAUUUCCUUUCCGAUGACCUAUACGACCCGCCGUUCUCCCCUUCUCCGAAACCCCUCAAAGCAAACAAGAAAAAGAAGCAUUCCGUAAACGGAGCUCCGAAACAAAACGGAGCCCCAAAGUUUCCCUUAAAAUCGAACCUCCCAUUCGACUUCAGAUACUCCUAUUCGGAGACCCAACCUUCCGUUGGGCCCAUCAGUUUUCGCGAAUCACCCAAGUUCUCCCCAUUUGGGCCUGGGCGGCUCGACCGGACAUGGACCGGCGUUUCUGCUCCGGUUCAGAGUGAACCGGACUGGAAGAGGGUGGAGGAGGAGCGAAACCGGGUUCUCGGAGCGCCGCUCAGUGAGGAUGAGGUGGCCGAGCUCGUCGAACGCUACCGUCACAGUGACUGUGUCAGGCAAAUCAAUUUAGGAAAGGAUGGAGUCACUCACAACAUGUUGGACGACAUCCAUAACCACUGGAAGAAGGCCGAAGCUGUGAGGAUUAAGUGCUUGGGUGUGCCAACUCUUGACAUGGACAAUGUUUGCUUCCACCUUGAGGACAAGUCUUAUGGUAAAGUUAUCUACCGCAACAUUAAUAUACUGCUUCUGUACAGAGGACGGAAUUAUGAUCCCAAGAACCGUCCAGUUAUUCCUCUCAUGCUGUGGAAGCCUUACGCACCAAUAUAUCCUAGGCUUGUGAAGAAUGUAAUAGAAGGUUUGACAUAUGAAGAAACAAAAGAAGUUAGAAACAACGGAUUGAAUUCAGAUCCUCUCAUUAAACUCACCAGAAAUGGUGUGUAUGUGAAUGUGGUGGAGAGGGUGAGGGAGGCUUUUAAGACUCAGGAGGUUGUGAGACUUGACUGUACCCAUGUGGGAACUAGUGACUGCAAAAAGAUUGGAGUAAAGCUAAGGGAUUUGGUGCCAUGUGUCCCUAUCUUGUUUAAGGAUGAGCAGAUAAUCCUCUGGAGAGGAAAUUUCAAUGAAGAUCAGUCUUCAGAUUCACAAUAUCAGCAGGGUGAAAAUGCAUUGAUUCACAACUGAAACCCCCAAAUCCGAUGGAAAUGUAAUGUAAGAAAUUAUUUCUGCAAAGUAGAAGGUAUAACUGUUAGCUUCUGAGUAAAUGUGGAUAACAGACGGGAUAUGGAACCAAACAUGGCAUUGGGAGGUACCCACACUCUGUCACGAAGGUUGUCUGAUUUUUGUAGUUGACAGUCUUUAUGUUAGAGUUGCUCAUUCAAUCUGUUAUAGCUACUUUGUGGUUACAAUACGCAGUGUUGUUAGCAUCCUCAUGCAUCCUUGCAAACGGCGUUAAAUCCUGGACGAGGAAUGCUGUAUGUUCCGAAAAAUGUUUAUGAUGCCGAGUAUGAAACAACCUACUUGGCUUUUGACUGUUUCUGUACAAUCCAGAGUGCAAAAUACAUGUACAUGUACUGCUACGCCAACAUUCUGGUAUUAUUUGUAAGCAUCAACUAUGUGCAGUGAGGAAUCUGCGAAAUGUUUUUAAUAGGAAAUAAUCUAUAACAGUUUUAUAGAAGUAAGAUGAUUUUAUACGAUUAUAAUUUUCUAGCA